AUGGUCCAAGCUGUUCCCUGGAGACACCCAGAAGGACUUGCUCCAAAUGCAGGGCCCCUGCUGGAAGGCAGGCCAUUCAUUUUGGUCUGGAACAUGCCAACAGCUCGCUGUCAGAAGAGAUACGGGAUCCACCUUAACCUGAAAGCUUUCGACAUCAUUGAGAACCAGCACAAGAGAUUCCAGGGCCAGAACAUGACCAUAUUCUACCAUAACAAGUUGGGGCUGUACCCGUAUCUCUCUGUUGGAGACAUAGAGGUCAAUGGCGGGCUUCCCCAGAAAGGUAACCUGGAAGCUCAUCUUGCCAUGGCUGGGUCUCAGAUUGAGGAUCUGCUUAGACCCAGCUUCCAAGGGUUGGCUGUGAUUGACUGGGAAGAGUGGCGCCCCCUUUGGGUGCAGAACUUUGGUGUGAAGCGGAAGUAUCGAAAGCUGUCUAAAGCCCUGGUGAAAGAGGAACACCCAGAGCUUUCCAAUGAGGAGGUGACUUCCCUGGCCCGCAAGGAGUUUGAAGGUGGUGCGAAGGAGUUCAUGUCUGGCACCCUUAAGCUGGGUGUCAGCUUGCGACCUGCUGGAAAAUGGGGCUUCUAUGGGCUUCCGAGUUGCUUCAACGUGCACAAGCACGACCACAAGUACACCGGGCACUGCCACCCCAAAACCGUGGGGAGGAACGACCGCCUGGGAUGGCUGUGGGAGCAGUCCACCACCCUCUACCCCAGCAUCUACCUGCCGUACUGGCUGGCUGGAUCCAAUGAUGCUGCCCUCAUGGUCCGUUACAGGGUUCUGGAGGCUCUGAGGGUGGCGUCAAAGUACACGUCUACCACAGUUCCUACUCCUGUCCUGCCCUAUGCAAGGGUGGCUUUUGCACAUACGCUCCACUUUCUCAACAAGACAGACCUGGAGCGCACUCUGGGGGAGAGUGCAGCGCUGGGAGCUGCUGGAGUGGUGCUGUGGGGAGAGCUGAGUUUUUCCAAAUCCAAGCUUCAGUGCAAGAUCCUGCAGGAGUACGUAAGCUCAGUCCUGGGCCCCUACGUGAUGACCCUGCGGAGAGCGACACAGCAAUGCAGCCUGAGGCUGUGUGGUGGGAACGGGCGCUGCAUCCGGCGGGACCCCCACUCUGGACACAUGAUGCACACGCCCUAUAACUCCACCCCCGACUCCUCCCAGCUCCGCCCCGCCUUUCGCUGUUCGUGCUAUCAGGGCUGGAGUGGUGAGCUUUGCCAGGAUAGGAUACCUUUUAGGGAAUGCAAUUCCUUUGGAAGGUGUUGA